CAACCACAAUGCUAAAAAGAAGAAGAUGGCAGACAAAAUUCUACCUCAGAGGAUUCGUGAACUUGUGCCUGAGUCUCAAGCUUAUAUGGACCUGCUGGCCUUCGAAAGGAAAUUGGACCAGACGAUCAUGAGGAAACGCUUGGAUAUCCAGGAGGCUUUGAAACGACCCAUUAAGCAAAAGCGAAAACUACGUAUUUUUAUCUCCAAUACCUUCAAUCCAGCCAAGUCGGAUGCUGAGGAUGGUGAAGGAACGGUGGCCUCCUGGGAGCUUCGAGUGGAAGGACGGCUGCUAGAAGAUUCUGCUUUGUCCAAAUAUGAUGCCACCAAACAGAAAAGAAAGUUCUCAUCCUUCUUUAAAUCUCUGGUCAUUGAACUUGAUAAAGACCUCUAUGGCCCUGACAAUCACCUGGUAGAGUGGCACAGAACUGCUACAACUCAGGAGACAGAUGGCUUCCAGGUGAAGAGGCCAGGAGAUGUCAACGUGCGCUGCACUGUCCUUCUGAUGCUCGAUUACCAGCCUCCCCAGUUCAAACUGGAUCCCCGCUUGGCUCGUCUCCUGGGGAUCCACACUCAGACUCGCCCAGUGAUCAUCCAGGCUUUGUGGCAAUAUAUCAAGACCCACAAGCUGCAGGACCCUCAUGAGCGGGAGUACGUCAUUUGUGACAAAUACCUCCAGCAGAUAUUUGAAUCCCAGCGGAUGAAGUUCUCUGAAAUUCCACAAAGACUUCAUGCACUGCUUAUGCCUCCAGAACCGAUCAUCAUUAAUCAUGUGAUCAGUGUUGAUCCUAACGACCAGAAGAAAACAGCCUGCUAUGACAUUGAUGUGGAGGUGGAUGACACCUUGAAGACUCAGAUGAAUUCAUUCCUGCUAUCAACUGCCAGUCAACAGGAAAUUGCUGCUCUGGAUAACAAGAUCCAUGAAACAAUAGAGACAAUUAACCAGCUGAAGACCCAGCGUGAGUUCAUGCUGAGCUUUGCCCGAGAUCCUCAGGGCUUCAUCAAUGACUGGCUCCAGUCCCAGUGCCGGGACUUGAAGACGAUGACUGAUGUUGUUGGGAAUCCUGAAGAGGAGCGUAGAGCCGAGUUCUACUUCCAGCCAUGGGCUCAGGAAGCUGUGUGCAGAUAUUUUUACUCCAAGGUUCAGCAAAGACGGCAGGAGCUGGAGCAGGCCCUGGGAAUCCGCAACACAUAGGCCCUCAUCUCCUCCCCAACCAGAAGGCAUCAGAGCUGCUUGUGGAGACAGGGUGCUGCAGAGCACGCAGUUAAGGCUCACGUAACCACACUGUGGUGCCAAGGCCUGCACCAUUGUCCAUCCUGGCAUUGUCUCUGCUGGGGCAGCUCUACGACACCUGGGGUCUUCUGGGGUGUGGCAAGCAGACAGGCUCCAACAAGUACACACUUCUACCUGGUUUUCUUCCUGACUGUUGCCUUGUCAGUCCCAAGGCUUCCAAGAGCCUCCCCUUGACUCCGUGCUGCCUGUAGUGUCCCCAGUAGCCAGUAUGAAUGCUGACUUUGAGCUCCUCUCAAGUUCAGAAACUCUUCCUCUUCCCGUUCCUCUUCAACUAGCAUCUAGUUGUGGCACACGUGAGACCUGACUGGGAAGUCAGGAUCUGCUCAAAGGGCGGAGUUCUGUGGCUAGUCUGGUCUCUGCCUCAGUUAGUAGCAAGGUGCCAGGAGAUGGAGUGGGCAGGAUGCUGACAUACCUCCAGCCCUCCCCUCCCUCGCUGGGAGGGGGCUGCUGCACUGGGCUGCCUCACAGGUCACUCUCCUCCUUGAGGAAGUUACUGGACUGUAUAGAGAAUUGUUUCUUCCCUUGUCCCUUUUUCCUUGUCCUGCUCCCUUCACGUUUAUGAAAGACUGCCUUGAGCUGGGAAUCACAGGGGAGAUGAAGCAUUGUCUUACUGCACAGAUGUGGAAGUGCUGGAGAGCUGAGAAAAAGACUCGGCUUAUGGUUCCAGCAAGCCAGCUGCCUGCUUGCUUUCCCUGUAGCGGGGAGGGAAUGCAGCAGCUGCCCAGUGCAAUUGUGCAGGGGCAGAGUACUGUAUGCUCAUUCCUUUGGGACAGUUAUCAUGUGUCAUUUGCUGUGGGGACCAGAGGCUCCUUCCUGUGGAUCUGGGAGUGUGGAUCCAUCCCUUGGGAGUGGAGGGUAGCCCCAAGCAUGUAUUGAGUUAGCAGAUGUUUCCAUGCUGAAACUCCUGUGUUUUUUAGUCAAGUUAUGGAUCAGGAAUGUACAAGUAGACUUUUUUACCAUGGGGAGUAGCAGCCCUUAGGCCUCUUCAUGGAAUUAUUUACUAGUGAACCAGUGGUCAGGUGUAAGAGAAGUACCUCUCUCAGCCUAGAUCUCAGUAUUUCUGCUUGGAACUGUAAUGCAAAUGGACUGUAAUGCCAAGUUGGUCGCGUUCUCUUGGAACAGCUGCAAAACCAUGUUACUGACAACCCCCUCCAUCCCUGCACCCGGUUGUGGUGUGGUUGGGAAGGUUGCUGUGAUUUUGGGAGCCCUACUCGUGUCUGUGUUCCCACAUGUCUGUGAGUAAUAGACCCUCUCCUUCUCCUUUGCCCCCUUUUGAAACUGCUCCUCUGUGGUACUGGGGUGAAGGUCUUGGUGCUGAUGAAGCAGCCCACUGACUCCUCAGGGUAGUUGCACAUGAAGGAUGCUGAACACUGCGUAGGCAAACAUAGCUGUUGCAGAAUAACUGCUUUUCUUAACUAUUACGUUGGUUGUUUUUUUUUUUUUUGGUUGUUUUUUUUUUCCCAUGGACCAAACUUUUUUUUUUUGUACUGUAUCCUUGUAGAUGUCACCCAGUUUUAAUAAAAGCCUGUGAAGGAAGCUGUCCUCCUUCA